AUGGAGUCGCCACGAUCAGCAAAGCGCAGAAAGCUCGAGACAAUACCCGAAAGUCCACAGAGUACUCGUGCCCCCCCAACGACAACAGCUCCCGCCUCGAAGAGAAAGACGACAAGCACAACAGCAGACAACGACGAUACGCGCGACACUAUCAGAGUUGCCAGUGUGGCUACACCUUCGUCACUCAAUCUCACUCCUUCAAAACCGACACCACGACCUGCGCCAUCGUCAGCAACCAAGGGUAACAACAUUGGUGGUCUUAUGGCCCGCUUGAAUGCAAGAAUCGCCGAACAACAAUCACCGCAAAAGACCCCAGUCAAGACUGGCACAAAUGGUACGAAUGGCACGAAUGGCACUUCCGCCCAGAAGCCGGAGUUGGCAGAGUUGGAGAAGAGUGGGAAGGUCAAGACGUUGACACAAAAGAUGAGAGAUACUUUCGAGCAAGAGCAAUUGGAAAGAGCGGCGAAGAGGAAACCCAAGAGGACACUGGAAGAUCAGAUGAGAGAUAUACAAGACGCCAGUCGGAAAGAGGUCCAAGGUCAAAGGAGUGUCACUGCAUCACCAGUCAAAGUCCAACCACCACCAACCACAGAGAAGAGGAAGCCAGGUCGACCGAGGAAGAUUUUACAAGAGCAGAUCACAGUUCUGGACACAGCUGGAGAUGAAGAUGGUCCUAUCAGUCCUUCCAAGUUUGCCUCGGCCAGGAAGCUACAGAAUCGUGCUAUGAGUCCUAUGCUGUUGGAUAUGAAUGGUACACGGCAGCCUCAGUUUACACCAAGGAAAGCUGUUGGUAGCCCUCUCAAGCCACGACCAAAAACUAUGAUUGAUCUCGAUGUCAAGCCUCUACAGACAAACGCUUCCGCCGACCUCAGCAUUCUCUCCGAAGACCUGCAAGCUAUUCAGACGGCUGUACUGGAACAACUACAAGGCCGAACACACACCGCGUUUGUGGGUCUGGACGAUGAACACGCAAAGAUUGCCAAUCUAGUCGACCAGACUAUCGUCGUAGGAGAGAGCAAUAGCAUGCUCGUCAUAGGUACAAGAGGCACAGGCAAGACCUCGGUCGUUGAAUCAAUCCUACACGAACAAGCAGUCAAAAACUCGGACCUUUUCCAUGUCGUACGUCUCAACGGCUUUAUCCAUACGGACGACAAGAUAGCCCUACGAGAUAUCUGGAGACAACUAGGCCGAGAGAUGGACGUUGAGGAAGAUGCCGCAUCCAAGAAUUACGCCGAUACACUGACAACCUUGCUGGCUUUGCUAUCUCAUCCGGAAGAGCUCGGAAGAUCUGCUGAUCAAGUCACGAAGAGUGUGGUGUUUGUUCUGGACGAGUUUGACUUGUUCGCAACACAUCCGAGACAGACUUUGCUGUACAAUUUAUUCGACAUUGCACAAAGUCGCAAAGCACCGAUUGCUGUGCUCGGGCUGACUACACGCUUCGAUGUGGCCGAGCAACUGGAGAAGAGAGUCAAGAGUCGAUUCAGUCAUCGACAUGUACAUCUGUCUCUCGCGAAGGAUCUUUCAUCCUUCCGCCACAUCUGCCAGAUCGCAUUAUCACCUGUCUCAACUGACAACAUCACCGAGCAAGGACUGCAAGCAUGGAACGCCAUCCUCAAUGACCUCUUCACCCUCGACACAUUCAACACCCACCUCCGCCAUCUCUACUAUCUCUCCAAAUCCGUACCCGCGUUCCACACAUCCAUGCUCAUGGCCAUCUGCACAUUACCUCUUUCCUCCUCCAAAAUCUCAUCAUCGGACUUACUUGCACAUCUAUCAGAGCCAGGGUCUUUGACAUCACUUACACCACCAGAUGCAAAAUUAGCUUCACUGGCCUCGCUAUCAAGUCUUCAACUCGCCCUUCUCAUCUCUGCCGCCAGACUUACUAUCAUUCACGACACUGAUAUCGUUUCUUUCGCUCUUUGCUAUGCCGAAUACGUUUCUUUGGCGUCGAAAGCAAAGAUUGCGGCAUCAGCUGCGGGUGCAUUGGCGCAUGGUGCUGGGAUUGGAAGGGUCUGGGGUAAGGAAGUCGCCAGAGGUGCUUGGGAAGGAUUGGUGAGGAAAGAAUUGGUAUUGCCUGAGGGCGGCAAAGGAAAUGUCAAUGUGAGGGUCGACGUCAGGUUGGAGGAAAUCGGAGAGGUUGAUGGAGUCGAGUUGGGGCCAGUCAUGGGAAGAUGGUGUAGAGAGAUUUGA